AUGGAGAAGAAGAGGACGGAGAAGAAGUUAAGGAAGGAGAAGAAGUUAAGGAAGGAGAAAUAUUUAAGGAAGGAGAAAAAACUAAGGAUGGAGGAAAAGUUAAGAGAAGAAGUUAAGGAUGGAGAAGAAGUUAAGGAUGGAGAAGAAGUUAAGGAAGGAGAAAAAUUUAAGGAAGGAGAAAAAUUUAAGGAAGGAGAAAAAACUAAGGAUGGAGGAAAAGUUAAGUUAGUUAAGUUUAUAGAAUUUUUGAAAGCGUGA